GCGGCGAUCGAGCAACUUGACAUCGAUUAUUUGUGCCUGAUUCUAAUGUUUUCCUUUCUAAAAGCGGACGCGAUGAAGCCCUGUCAGAUGUUCAUUAUAACUUUAUUAUUGUCUUAAAUUAAGACUGCUAGUAUUUUUUUGACAGCCAUAUUGGUUGUCAUUAUUUAGGCGAAGUUAUAUCAAGAGUAUAAACUGUUACGAAAAGCAAAAACUCCUGUAGUUAACUUAGAUCCAGUGCAGGGUGUUUAUAGGCCCUGCAGUUGAUCUUCCAUCGCCUGACAAAUCUUUAUGCGUUUCGUUUUGUUCACUACGGUUUUGCAUAACACUUCGUCGAUCACUGAAGAUGGACACAGACAAGUUUAACUAUGUGUAUAGCUGCGAUUUGGACAUAAACGUCCAACUGAAAAUAGGCAGUCUAGAGGGCAAGAGAGAGCAGAAGAGCUAUAAAUCUCUGCUCGAGGACCCCAUGCUACGAUUCUCGGGACUCUAUCAGGAGAGCUGCUCCGACCUGUACGUCACCUGUCAGGUGUUUGCUGAGGGCAAGCCACUCGCUCUGCCAGUACGGACGUCUUACAAGGCUUUCAGCACUCGCUGGAACUGGAAUGAGUGGCUUAGAUUGCCAGUGAAGUACCCUGACCUGCCUCAGAGUGCCCAGGUGACUCUAACUGUUUGGGAUGUGUAUGGACCCGGCCGUGCCACACCUGUUGGGGGCACUACAGUCACCCUGUUUGGGAAAUAUGGAAUGUUCCGGCAGGGCAUGCAUGAUCUGAAGGUGUGGCCGGGCGUGGAGGGUGAUGGCAGUGAGCCCACUAGUACACCAGGAAGGACCAGCAGCACUCUCUCAGAGGACCAGAUGGGCCGCCUAGCCAAGGGCCCAGACCUGGAGAUACUUAGUGACCUAACAAAAGCUCAUCGUCAGGGUCACAUGGUUAAAGUAGACUGGCUGGAUCGCUUGACCUUCAGAGAGAUUGAGAUGAUCAAUGAGAGUGAGAAACGUAGCUCUAAUUUCAUGUACCUUAUGGUGGAAUUCUCCCGUGUCAAAAGUGGCGAACGAGAAUACAGCAUUGUCUAUUACGAAAAGGAUGCUGAUGAUUCCUCCCCUUUGCCAACCAGUUCAGAUAUUGUGAAAGUCCCAGACCCUCAGAUGUGUAUGGAGAACCUUGUGGAGAGUAAGCAUCAUAAACUGGCCCGUAGUUUGCGCAGCGGACCGUCUGACCACGAUCUCAAACCUAACGCGGCCACACGUGAUCAACUCAAUAUCAUUGUGAGCUACCCACCCACUAAACAGCUAAGCUCUGAGGAACAGGACCUUGUGUGGAAGUUUAGAUACUACCUCACCACACAAGAAAAGGCUUUGACUAAGUUCCUGAAGUGCGUGAACUGGGAUCUGCCCCAGGAGGCAAAACAGGCCCUGGAGCUACUGGGAAAAUGGCGGCCGAUGGAUGUGGAGGAUUCCCUGGAGCUGCUGUCCUCUCAGUUUACCAACCCCACAGUCAGACGCUACGCUGUCGCGAGGCUGCAGCAGGCUGACGAUGAGGAUCUGCUAAUGUACUUGCUCCAGCUGGUACAGGCAUUGAAAUAUGAGAACUUCAUUGAUAUCCAGGGUGGUUUGGAGCCUGCCAGUAAGAGAGAAAGUCAGGGGGUCCUGGCAGAGAGCUCAACAAUAGGAGAUCUGGAAAGUUCCCAGAUGGCAUCAACUAUCCCUGUGAUGCCCAGUGGACAGAAAGGCAAAGAGGGAGCAGAUGGUGAAAAUCUCGAGCAAGAUCUGUGCACUUUCCUUAUUUCACGUGCCUGCAAAAACUCCACUCUGGCAAACUAUCUAUACUGGUAUGUAAUAGUGGAGUGUGAGGAUCAGGACACCCAGCAGAGAGACCCAAAAACCCAUGACAUGUACCUCAAUGUAAUGAGGCGGUUCAGUCAGGCUCUGCUCAAGGGUGAUAAGAGUGUUAGAGUGAUGCGCUCCCUUCUGGCCUCCCAGCAGACAUUUGUAGACAGACUAGUGCAACUCAUGAAAGCUGUUCAGAGAGAGAGCGGAAACCGCAAGAAAAAGACGGAGCGGUUACAGAGCCUGUUGGCUGAUAACGAGAAGGUGAAUCUGUCAGAGAUCGAGCCCAUCCCUCUCCCUCUGGAACCCCAAAUCCGCAUCAAAGGCAUCAUACCUGAGACUGCAACACUAUUUAAGAGUGCUCUGAUGCCAGCAAAGCUCAUCUUUAAGACAGAGGAUGGGGAGCAAUAUCCAGUCAUCUUUAAACAUGGAGAUGACCUGAGACAGGACCAGCUCAUCCUGCAGAUUAUUUCACUCAUGGAUAAGUUGCUGAGGAAAGAGAAUUUGGACCUGAAGUUGACUCCAUACAAAGUCCUGGCGACCAGCACCAAACAUGGUUUUAUGCAGUUUAUGCAAUCAGUGCCUGUGGCUGAAGUUUUGGCGACUGAAGGCAACAUUCAGAGUUUCUUCCGAAAGCACGCUCCGAAUGAUAAGGGGCCAUAUGGCAUCAGCUCUGAAGUCAUGGACACAUACGUUAAAAGCUGUGCGGGCUAUUGUGUCAUCACCUACAUUCUAGGGGUUGGAGACAGACAUCUAGACAACUUGCUUCUCACAAAGACUGGGAAGCUGUUUCAUAUCGAUUUUGGCUAUAUUUUGGGUCGGGACCCUAAACCCCUGCCACCCCCUAUGAAGCUGAGCAAGGAGAUGGUGGAAGGAAUGGGGGGCAUGCAGAGCGAACAAUACCAGGAGUUCAGGAAACAGUGCUACACUGCCUUCCUGCACCUACGCAGAUACUCCAAUCUCAUUCUGAAUUUGUUCUCUCUGAUGGUGGAUGCGAACAUUCCCGACAUUGCACUGGAGCCUGACAAAACUGUGAAAAAGGUUCAGGACAAGUUUCGAUUGGACCUCUCAGAUGAGGAAGCAGUGCAUUAUAUGCAGAGUCUGAUUGAUGAGAGUGUAGGGGCUUUGUUUGCAGCAGUGGUUGAACAGAUACACAAAUUUGCACAGUAUUGGCGCAGAUGAGGUGAUGUCAUGGAACAUGGUUCUCACCUGAUCAGUAGGACGGCAACAACAACUGAAUGAUAGACGGGAGAAAAGGACACGUGCCAAGGCCACACUAGUGACAUUGUUUUCACCGUGAAGCAUUCAUGCACUAGGUCUUGACUAAACUGAAUAUAUUUGUAUAUAAAAUAUAAAAUGCACUGUAUGUAAAAAAAAAAAAAAAAGAUGGCCAAAUAAAGAUUCCAACUUUA